GGUCUGAAAGCCCAAUGUUAUUAUACAACUGCUAAGAAAAGCUUCACGUUAAAUAUUUAUCAGCUUUUUUUUUUUUUUUUUUUAAGGCACCGCCGGACUAGCUCGUGCAUCGGAUGUGUUCGUAGUGAUAAAAGUGUCGCGUGCGUCUCCAAGUAUCCCUCCGCUUCUCGUGAAGAGGUCUGAAAGAGGCGAUCAGCAGCGCCAUUUUGGUGUAGGUUUAUUUUGCGCAGGGAUAGAAAAAUAAGCUGGUCGAACAAAUUCCCAUUUUUUUAAAUAAAGUUGACCGCAUUGCAGCAAGGUGUUGCAGAGUGUAAUCGGCAGUUUAGUGCUUGUUUUUACGGGGACACGGGAAGCAUGUCUGGCGGUGGAGUUAUUCGAGGCCCAGCUGGCAAUAAUGAUUGUCGCAUCUACGUGGGGAACCUUCCUCCAGAUAUUCGCACCAAGGACAUCGAAGACGUUUUUUACAAGUAUGGUGCUAUCCGCGACAUCGAUUUGAAGAACAGGCGAGGGGGGCCGCCUUUCGCUUUCGUUGAGUUUGAAGAUCCCAGGGAUGCGGAGGAUGCAGUGUAUGGACGCGACGGGUAUGACUAUGAUGGCUACAGACUACGAGUUGAAUUUCCCAGAAGCGGAAGGGGUACUGGCCGAGGAGGCGGUGGUGGCGGUGGGGGAGCCCCACGUGGAAGAUAUGGUCCCCCAUCUAGGCGCUCGGAGUACCGAGUCAUAGUUUCAGGGCUUCCUCCUAGUGGUAGUUGGCAGGAUCUCAAGGAUCACAUGCGUGAAGCAGGUGAUGUAUGUUAUGCAGACGUUUUCCGAGAUGGGACUGGUGUGGUGGAGUUUGUUCGUAAAGAAGAUAUGACCUAUGCUGUGCGAAAGCUGGAUAACACUAAAUUCCGAUCUCACGAGGGGGAGACUGCCUACAUCCGUGUGAAAGUCGAUGGCCCCCGGAGCCCCAGCUAUGGAAGAUCUCGUUCACGAAGCCGAAGCCGCAGCAGGAGUCGCAGCAGAAGCAACAGUCGCAGCCGCAGCUAUUCUCCUCGACGUAGCAGAGGAUCGCCACGUUACUCUCCCCGUCACAGCCGAUCCCGUUCUCGUACUUAGGGGGUUGGGGAAUGAUUACAGCCUGUUGCUUUACUGGUGAUUCUUCUGUUGUAUGUCCUUGUUUUGUUUUUUAAUAACAAUUUACAUUUUUUGUUUUAUUAAAUUUGCUACAGAUUUCCAAUUUACUAUUUCAUUUGCCAUUGAUAGUUUCAGUGGCUACCCAUCCUAGUUGUAAUCCCACUCUCCCCUCAACUUUGUCCCUUUUUUUUUUUUUUGAUCCUCGGCCAAACUUAUUUUUAAAUUUGAAUCUACAGGCAUACAUUUUAAUCCCCAUUGCAUGUUCUAACUCCCACCCUUACACAAUCUGUAUGUGCUCUUGCUUUUGUAAACUGUUAAGUUUAGAUUUGGGCUAAUACUUUUGCCAGGAUCAGGGGCUGGGUUUAAUGUUCAUGGGUGUCUUGGUGUGUGUGACGGGUGGGAAUCUUUCUACGAAUGUUUUUUUUUUUUUUUUUUUUACCUUUUCGUGUGUCUUUCUAUAGACAUAUCUGAAGAAGGAUUAAAGAAUACUUUGGAAUAAAGGAUUGUGAAGCACAAUUCAUUCAUAUUAGGAUUAUCAGAGCGUGUCUGUUUGGAGGAGGAUUUGAGGAGGCGCAGUCAGAUCAAUAAUGGAGGCAAUGGUAUGACACCAAGCGCUUCAGUCACCUUUAAAACUUAGCAGUAUUGAAUAUGAAUAGAUUCCCUGAUUUGCAUUAUCAUAUUGGAGAACAUAGUAUUUUGAGUGCCUGUGAAGUUCCUCUUAUUUCCUCCCCAUCUCCUAACUGCUUUGCUAAGUAAUUUAGUUUCCUGUAACUUCAUUUAUCAAUACUGCUAAGCUCGCAUGUCCUCUGUCUGACUGGAUGUAGCAUUGCUUGUGCACCAUAUUGAAAAGUGUUUUUGUGUAUUUUUUUUUAUUUUUUUAUUAUUGACUUAAUAUGUAACCUGCAUUUGAGAGCGAGAGAGAGAGCGAGCGAGCGCCUGGUUUGCAGGAGGCCUAACCAGUCUAAUCUGACUGACUACAUUGGAGGGACAUCCCUGGCCCCCCAAAGUCAAGAAAGGGAUCAGGAAGUUUAAAAGUGUGUGGGGAUGGAUGAAGGGCAGAAAGAUUGACAUGCUGUAACAUUUUAAAUGUCACAACUUGCCAUUACUGUACUGCAGUUAUGUGAUUUGUUAAAAUGUAAAUUACUAUUCCAUACAUUUUUAUAGAAGCCUUUUUUUCCUUAUCUAGAAAACCUUUUACAGAAAGAUCUCCCAGAUCUGUCUUAGCAUUUACGUAUGAUGUGCUGUGCCAUUCACUUGCUUUGGGAGCUGAUCAUUGUCUGGCAUCAUGAAUUUUGUAAAGUUGACUUAAACUGAUAACCAGUCAUGAUCUCCUCCUAUAAUUUUUUUUUAAAAAAAGAGCUGUUUUAUUCUGGUGCACAUUCUAACUUGUUGCCUCCUUCUUUUUGGUUUUGCUGGUAUUUAAAGGUUUGGAUUGAAGGGGCUCACUGGAUCCCAAUCCUUGGAGCCGGAUCAUUGGAUCAUUUCAUAAUCAGGAUAGGAUAGGGAAGGAUGGAUUCAUGGAGCGGGAUCAAUUUACCGGGAACCGUAGGAGAGGAUUCCCCCCAACCAAACCUCAUUCUCAUGGAAUUUUCAUAAUUUUCUUUCAAUUGGCUUUUUUUAAUAAUGAAAAUAAAUUCCCCAAUCCCUGAACUUUUUCUUUUAUUUGGAGCCCCAAAGAGGUCGGUCGUGGAUUUGGCCCGUGAUUUUUUUUUUUUUAUAUAUAUAUAUUUUUGGUUCUUUUAUUAAAAUAUAAAGAGGAUCAGCGAGGACCAGGAGGCUGGAGCAAUCUUUGGAUGGAUUCAGCAAAUGGAAUUUGGUAAUUGUGUUAAAAAAAAAAUAUUGCAGGGGUGGGGGAAAUGGGCUGGUGGGUGGGUGGCUGGGUUGGGUUCGUUAAUUGGUGCUUUAGGAUUACCCCAAUUGGCAUUCAUUGAGAGUGGUAAGGGGAGUUUUGUUUUAUCCCAAAUUGACUUCACUAAAUUUGUUAGGAUCCAGUAUUAAUGGUUUUUAAUUUUUCACAAUAAAUCUUAUGAAAAGA